AUGCCACACGAGGAGUUGCCUUUCUGGCUGGUCAAUGUUCCUAGGGAUCAAUGGCCGAGCGAGUGCCCGGACUUCUUGAAGAAUAUUAGUGAGAAGGACAGGGGAAUCAUCGGGACGCCUGAUGAGAGCUACCGGGUGUUGACAUGGGACCAAGUGAGGGAGAUUAGAGCAACCGGGUCGACAAGUUUCAUCGUAUGCCGAAAGGACUAUGGCAGUAUAAUGAACUUCAUUGUUAAUGAGCGGUUGAAGUGGGGAAACAUGGAGCCGAAAGGCAAGCCGUUCGAACUCGAUGAGGACAUCAAGAUCCUAUAUAACGACUGGCCCUACGGCAUUGAUGCAGAUAUUGUGCAUCUUGUCGUGUGGACCAAGUUUGAACUCGACGAUGACCCCGACACUGGGCUCUCUACCGCUGAGUCCCAGAAGCAAAUUGGUGACUAUGUGCAAAAGACGUUUGCUCCAAAAGUCAAAGAACUAGUCUGGUUCAAGAACUGGAAGAGUCUGAAGAGCGUGCAUGCAGUGGAGCACUUCCACGUCAUGUUGUACAAGCCGGAUGCUGUGUUCCUCAAGGAGAUUACGAACGGCGAUGUCCCCAUGAAUGAGAAGUUUUGUUAG